CUCAAUUAAAUUACAUUCAAUUCAAAGGGCUUUAUUGGCAUGGGAAACAUAUGUUUACAUUGCCAAAGCAAGUCUGCCUUUCUCGCUCAGUAUUUUUCUCCUUUGCCUUUCCUCCUCAGCAUCUACUUCUGAUGCCGUGUGUCUGUGCUGCUGGGGCGACUGGGGCCUAACGCGCAGGGCCCUUCCCCCGAUUCGCUGCACCUUCCCUGGGUCUCUAUCUCUGACACUUCCCCCUGCCUGUCAGCCUGCCUGGAUACCUCCCCCACCCCCCGUAGGGAGCAACGACGUUCCGCUUCACUGGGGAGCCGUUCGGGAAUUAGCAAUGCCCAACCCCGGCAUCCUUUAGCCACUUGGAAUAUCUCGGAUUUCUGCAUCCGUCCGUCUGUCUCGCUAUCCAUCUGUCGCCGGUCUCCCUCCAUCCGUGGAGGGGGACAGAGGAAUGAACUACUGCAACCAUGAUUCAAGGACUGAAAAAACGCACCAGGAAGGCCUUUGGGUUACGAAAGAAGGAGAAGGACACAGACUCCACGGGCUCCCCUGACAAAGAUGGAAAAAAGACCAACGGGGCUCCAAAUGGCUAUUAUGGGGAGAUUGAUUGGGACCGAUAUGCCACUCCAGACGUGGACGCUGAGGGCUUCAGUCUCAGACCCGGAGAGGAGAGAGAAACAGCUCCCAAAGGCAAGCAGCACUUCUCCAGCGACUCGGAGGAUGAGGACGACAACAGGAAGUUCAAGAUCAAGAUCAAGCCGUUGCCCUCCGACACGGCCAAGUGUGCAGUUCCCUCCAUGGACGAACUGAAAGCUUCCGUAGGAGGUUUGGCUCUCUCUCCCUCUAUGAGGAGAAGUCCGAGACGCAGCCCGGGCUCGAUAAAGAGACACCUGUCUUGUGAGGAGAUCGCCAGACCCAGACGCUCCACCCCUACGCCAAGCCCCGCCCCCGAGACACAAAGUGAGAGAGUAUCCCAAAAUCGCAGAGCAUCCCCAGCUUUCUUCAGGCCUCCUCCAGAGAUGACCUAUGACUAUGAGACACACAGAUAUGAUAGUAACAGAAAUGACGGUGAGGAGAUCGCCAGACCCAGACGCUCCACCCCUACACCAAGACCCGCCCCCGAGACACAAAGUGAGAGAGUAUCCCAGAAUCGCAGAGCAUCCCCAGCUUUCUUCGGGCCUCCUCCAGAGACGACCUAUGAGACACACAGAUAUGAUAGUAACAGAAAUGAUGUAGUCUGUAUAGAGGCUGAUGCAUGGAGUGACUCCAGACCAUACUCUGUAUCCCCUUUGACCAGACACUUUCCCACAGGAGCUCCUCCUCCACUUCCUCCCAAGAACAUCCCAGCAGCUAGUCAAGGCUAUUCUUCAUCUGAUUCUUCCGCUGAUUUACCCAAUGGGAGAAUAGUCUCAAGCCCCGCCCCCAUCUACCUGAAUGUCCAAUCCCCAGCCUCAUACAGAGGUUCCCCGGUGCCUGACCUGGACGAUGUGUUUGGCCCCAUGGAAUCCUCCCGGACCAAUGAGGGCAGGGCCUCGCCCCGAUGGGUCAGCUUCAACAGUGAGAGACCGCCCCCACCGGACGAACCGGCCCCGCCUCCGCCCCCUGCCUAUCCUCCUCCUGACUCGCCCAACUCCCUCUCCUCUGCCCUAGACUCCCCCUGCUUCUCGCCGGGCCCCCCUCCGGAUGAGCCUCCCCCCUCCCCACCGCCCUUCUCCUCUCCACCCGACUCGCCCAUCUCCAUCAUCUCCGUUCCCCCUCCAGACGAACCCGUUCCCCCCCUGCCUCCUGACUUCUCGCCCCCGGACUCCCCGCCAUGCAUCGCCAUCAAUCCUAGUCUGUUUUUGGAUGAUGAUGAGAUACUGGAGUACUCCGCAGCUCCCUCUGCCCCUGCUGCCCCACUGGAGUACUCCCCUGCCCCUACCAGUCCCAUCCCUCCCCCCCUGCCUGCGGAGCGCUCCCCUCGGGCAGGCGUCCCUUCCCCUCUGGUGUUCCUCAGGGAGGAGCAGCCUGACUUUAUGGCCUGGCCCCUGGGACUGACCCCACUCCUCCCGCCCACCUACAGGCCCAUGGUGUCCUCCCCCGGACCCUUCCCAGGCAGUGGCCCCUCCUCUCCACCUCGUCCUGCCACGCCCCUGUCAGGAGGUAGUCCAAUCCCUCCCCCUCUUCCUACAAGGCCCUCCUCUCGACCCAAACUGCCCCCUGGGAAACCAAUAGGAGACCUGGCUCGGCCUUUCAGCCCCCCAGUCUCCGGCAGCCCCCCUCCCUUUGCCCCCCUGGCCCGAGCCGAGAGUUCCUCCUCCAUCUCCUCCAUCACCUUGCUGAGCGCAGCCUCCACCCCCACCAUGGGGAGAGAGCUCAACAUAUCCACCACAGGAUGCUCCAGAGGACCCAGCCCACUGACCAUGGGAGGCCAGGACACUCUGCCUGUGGCGGCUGCCUUCACCGAGACCAUCAACGCCUACUUCAAAGGAGCCGACCCCAGCAACCGGCAAAGCGACCCUCAUCAGAGUAUAUGCAACAAGUGUGUGGUGAAAAUCACUGGGGAGAUGGUGCUGUCUUUCCCAGCAGGCAUCACCAGGCACUUUGCCAGCCACCCGUCUGCCCCCGUACUCACCUUCAGCAUCAGCAACUACUGCCGGCUAGAGCAGGUCCUCCCCAACCCACAUCUACUGUGCUGUGACACCACCAUGUCCAAUGUGGACACCAAGGAAUUCUGGGUAAAUAUGCCAAACCUGAUGAGCCACCUGAGGAGAGUGGCUGACCAGAAGCCUCAAGCAACCUACUACAAUGUGGACAUGAUCAAAUAUCAGGUGGCAGCUGAGGGGAUCCAGUCUACUCCUCUGAACCUGGCGGUGAGUUGGCGUGGCGACACCACCAGCACGGACCUCAGAAUAGACUACAAAUACAACAUGGAGGCCAUGGCCGCCGCCCCCUCCCCCCUCCACAACAUCCACUUCCUGGUCCCUGUGGACGGGGGCGUGGCCAAACUCCAAGCCAUGAUCCCCACUGCCACCUGGAACCCAGAGCAGCAGAACAUUCUAUGGAAGAUACCAAGCCUUUCCCAAAGGUCUGAAAAUGGAGGAGUGGGGGCUCUACUGGGCAGGUUCCAGUUGACAGACGGUCCCAGUAAGCCGUCUCAGUUAGCGGUGCAGUUUACCAGUGAAGGCAGCACUCUGUCCGGCUGUGACAUCCAGCUGGUGGGGGCCGGCUACAGGCUCUCGCUGGUCAAAAAGAGAUUUGCAGCAGGGAAAUAUCUGGCAGACAACUAGUCACCACUGUUGUAAAAUGGAACCCUUUCAACCAUACAAUGGCUUUUGACUGUGAGGAUGAUGAGAGACUUUUUAUGAAUUCUUCAUUCGAUACAAGUUACCAACUGAGAAACGUCUGAAACCUUACGCAGGGAGGGGUGACUGAUGGCAUAGCAGCAACAACAAGAUGUGAUGUAACACACACUGUCCACCAGGGUUCACCAGGGUAUCACUUUAUGUUUUAACUCACUCAAUACAGUAGUCUCACUGUUGGAGUUUAUGCAAGUAGUCACCGCCUUUUUCCAUUUUGUGCACCUUGAGGGUUGUUGAGGUAAAUUGUAAUGUCUUUUGUCUGUAAUGUUUUCGUUAUGCGUCGGACCCCAGUAAGACUAGCUGUCGCCAUUGGCAUCGGCUAAUGGCCAUCCUAAUCAAAAAUAAAACAAAUAUUAAUAAAUCAAAAUAAUGAAAGAUUAUGGAUUCAACACAUUUACUCCCGUUUAGCAAAGUCAUUUAUCAUUGGCAGCACAGACAGUUAUCCAGCCUUAUUUGUGAGAAGAAUUGUAUGUGAUGAUGGAAGAUGCACUGGACAGAUUUAAGUGAAUAGAUAGACACUGUUAACAUGAAUUGAUAAUUCAAUUGAUUACGACAAAUACUCCAUGUGCAGGGUUAGGAUGACAUUUUGAUGGUUUUCUUUUAUUUAUUGGGUUGAUUCAACUGAUAUGGUACCAGCUGGUACUGUACCAGCAAGUUGAGGCCCACAACUUGGGAGUCAAUGUGGAGACAACGUUACUAUGUAUGUGGUGGUUGUGUGUUUGCUGGGAGGUCAAGUGGUUCAUGUAAUGGUUCACAUUGUUUUCCUGAUUGUGGAUGACUAAAACAAAGCAGGCAGCCGUACAGGCUGAAAAGCAGAGUUGGCUUUGACCAGAUUACAUUUCUUUCUGGGUUCUGUUUUGUCCCUUUAGAGUUGUUGUGUCCAGGAGUCUGGUGAAGAGCAUCUGCUAAAUGACUAAAAUGUAAAUGCUAGAAUUACAUCAAUUACUGGUUGGAAGUAGGUCUUAAUGAGGUCAUUUCAACCAGUUUUAACCCGUUUUGCCCGCUGGGAGGUAUAACCGGAGGACAUCAAAGAAGAUGGAAAAGUGCUCCAAGAAGGAUUUAUCUAAAAUAGAAUAAUAAUGAAUAUUUAACGGAAGCCCCUAAUGUUAUGUUUCUUGUUUUUCCACCAUGUGGAGUAAAUAGAUGUUUUAUCAUUUUCUAAUAGCAAUAUAUUGAAAAUCAAUUUGUAAAAAAGUGUAAAUAUGAAAAAAAGCUUCUUCGUAUAUCCCUUUGGACAUAUGGGUGUUUCUGUGUAUUGUCAAAUAAGAUUGAUGUUAUACGGUUGGUGUUAGCCUUCACAAUACAUCACAGAACACAUUUUUGUUUUAUUUUAUUUCUAAUGUGGAUUUCUUGUAAAAUACUGACUGUCCAAAUCUGCGUUACUCAAAAGGUUGUUUUUGGUUACCUUUUUACUCUACAAUGCUAGUUAAUUUAUUUCAAGACAUUUAUGAUGCCCAGCAGAACACAAAAGAGUCCCCCUCCUAAUCCAAUGCUAUUCCGACCUAGACUGGUUAAACCAAACAGUAGUGAGUGUAGCGUUCAGUCUGAUGUAACCAGGUUAAUUCAGACCUACGCCUGUUAUAGCUAGUAAGUGUACUAUGUGAUUGCCUUUACUGUAACUUUUAGUCAUGUCAUCGUGUUUGACCUUUCACCUGAAGAUUUAACCUUUAACCUUUGGCAUGAAUCCCAACAACAUUAUCACACUUCCAUUAUAUAUUGCUGUAACGUCCUCCUAUGUUUCCUCCUGACUUGCACACCAACAACAAAUAGUUUUGUGUAACUAUAAUUGUUUUGCCCCUGCCCAUCUCAAGGAGAAACAUUUUAGUGUAUUAUUUUCACUUUAUGACAAUGGUGAUAGAAUUACCUCACAUUUUAUUACUUAUUUCCAAAUCAGUAUAUUCAAAAUGACUCACAACCAAUUACAAAAUACAAUUUUUAUCCUUGAUAUAAUCAAAAACUAUGGUAAAUGUAUUUCAACUUUACUUUUUUGUCCUGGGUGCAUUUGAGCCUUACUGGUCCUUUAAAAAUAAUUCACAAAUACAAAUAAACGUUUUUUCUGUCUGUAUUUUAUUCACUGCAUAGGACACUGAAUAUGCAAACAUGCCAUGUACAUUCCCCAUCCAAAGAUUUUAAGAGUAAAUAUAUAAAAAGUUAAUAUAAUGUAAUACCUGUUUUACUUGGUAAUAAAGAAUGGGAGAAUAUUGGAAA